GAACAGUCGAAUAACCAGUCAUUGCGGGAUUGCUUCUUUAGGGAACAGGAAGACCCUAUUGCGAUACAUACAAUCCAACAAUCCCAGACACAAAACACCAACAAAGAUGGAUACAGCAUACAGCAACGUGGAUCACCCAAGGAAGAGGCAAAAGCGAACGUCACUUCCGCUCUGGUUCUAUCGCGUCCUAGAUAAGGCCGGCCGCGAACGUCGAAGCUGCAAGCCUGAAGAUUUUGACCAGGAUAUCUCUGAAUAUGAAGAGAGUGGAUACACGUCAGAGGAAAGCUUCGAGGGGGCCGAUACCAACAUAUACCAGAGAUACAAGGCAAUGCGUGAAGGCCGGAAACGGCAACUGAAAUCCAUGCAGGAACAAGAGGAGGCAGAGUAUGACGAAGAGCAUGACGACGAAGAGCAUGACGACGAAGAACAGGAAGGGGAAGAACAGGAAGAAGAGGGUGGGGAGGAAGAAGUAGAUGAAGAGGAAGACGAAGAGGAAUUGGGAGAUGAAGACGAAGAGGUAGAGGAAGAUGAAGAAAAAGAAGGGGAAGACGAAGAAGGGGACGAAGAGGAGGAAGAGGAUGAUGAGCAGCAAGAGCAAGAUGAUAUCGACCAAGAGCAAGAGUUCCAAGCAGGCAACGAAAAAGAGGUCGACGAUGCCGAGGAAUCUCUCAAAAGAGCAAUUAUGAACGGCGAACGACUUCCUCGUCUCGCACUCGAAGACGCAUAUUUCAACCUUUAUUGCGGAGACUAUGUCAACUACUCCUGGGAUCCACUGGAUGGUUACCCAAGGCAUAUCGAAUUCUACGGCGCCCUAAACAAUGUCCGCUAUUCACCACCUACGAAGCCACUGGAAGGCAAAAUAUCAUUUGACGACAACGCUGAAUGCAAUUUCACGGCAUUUAUACAGCCAAAGAACGCAAGUUUGAACGGUUUCCAGUUGAAAGAUGUCAAUGGGAAUCAUAAAUUCUUGAUUCAGUUCUUCAGCAACGACUAUUUGAGGAUCAGAGUGAGUCGGGAGCUGGUCUUCCAGGGAAAGAUUCCGCCUCCUCAUACCCCAGAGUUCUUCGACUUUUCGGGCAUUCGAUUUGAUGUGAAGAAGGCACGAGCAAAGAGGGCUCGGGAAGAACAGAUGGUCAGGAAGAGACCACGGUCCGAGUCGUCGGAAGCAUCGGAGAGGAGCGAGGAAUCAGUACAUGUCGUGGAUGCAUUUGUAUAACGAUCCUCAUUGCUCGCUGGAAGAACCUGUUGUAUUAUAACGCUACCUAAAUUUUGAGAUAUCUAAUCCAUGUACAAUAACUCGAAAGCAUAGCGUUGCUUGGUUGGAGAAGACAUACAACUGACACACAAUAUAUAUAUCACUAUUUCCAUCAGAUCGUGAAUGCCAGGUGCUAGUUGAUAAAGGC